AUGCUCGCUAGAGGAUCCGUCGCGGAACCUCAUCAAAAAGAUUUAGUGUGCAUACGGGAGCAGCGUCAUACUCGUAAUGGAUGCAUUGAUGAAGACAUUCUCCGGCGGAUAAACGUUACCUCUGCUUCCUUCGGACGUUUCCGCCUCCAAGUCUUCUCCAAUAGGAACCUCCGACUCAACACCAAUGUCGCUCUCCAUCGAUAUGUUGUUGUUUCAACACUGCUUGAUCGGAUCGGCCGGCACUCUCUCUACAUCACAGAAGUGGCGCGCUUCGAGGAGGAGAGACGAGGAGCGCUCGAGGGGAGGCGACGCCAGCGUCAUCUACAACAUGCCAAUUCCACACAGGGCAUGUUUCCCUGCUACCUGUGCCCGAGAACUUGUCGCUCGCGGAUCGGGCUGCUAUCUCAUUUGGCAGUCCACAGAAGACAGUCGAUAGAAGAACAGCGCUGUCGUCAGCAAUGA